AAUUUUUGGGUGCUCACUUUACAUUGAAAAGCACUGUAAAAAAGGCUAUCGUAUUUGUAAUUUGUAGUUAUACAAAAAUGUACUGGUGAAAAAAUAAAGAAAAUAAGCCCCACAAGAGCUUAAACUAAUACAUUUGGUGAAAAUUAAUAUCAGAUGAUUAAAAGUUCUAUGCAUUAGCAAACACUUUCCCCAGCAAUAGGAACAGUACAAAGCAGUUGGGAAUAGUUUGCGUUUGUUGCGGCCAUAUUUGUGAGCUCCGAAUUUAGCUUGAGAGUUUGCUUCAAGGGGAGUGCAUCUAGUAGAAUCCUUCAUUGUACAAUCUGCGCAUGCCAAGCGGUCUAAUUUUAUUGGAUCGAAGGACUUUACCCUGUUAAGGAGUUAAAAGGCUCUGGUUGCAGAAUAGUGGAAGUGGCUUUUUUUUUAUAACAAGGCACCCAGAGCAAGCGCCGCCGCUUUUCAUUUGUUGCAAGCAUAAAGGAUCCUAAAGAGAUGGAUGAACAAGAGGAAGUUCAACAAAAUAUGAUAUCGAAUUUACCAUUAUUGUUCGCUAAUGGCUAUCCAACAUCAUUGGAAAAAAUAACAGAGUCACAACUUGAAAAAUUCAUACCAUUUAUGGUACGUUGUUCGCUUGGUCACAUAAACUUUCAGGAAAAAACAGACUGCAGCGAACCGGAGUGGUGGCCUGAAGAUUUUCCAUUCACCAUACCAUUUACGAAGCCGAAAAAAUUUACUGGCAAUUGGGCGCAAAAAAUGAAGGAAAUAAUUAUAAUAUGCUAUCAAUUUCAUAGAAGCGUUUUUCUGCUUCGCUUCUGCAACGAUUUAGCAGCCUAUGAGCAUGCGAGUCUGCGCUUUAUAAACAACUACAAUUCGACAACAUCACUCUUUGAACGACGUAGCAAUAAAUUGUUGGUGACAUUUAGAAAUGAAAAUAUGUCAUAUGAUCAACCGCAACGCAGUCGGAAAUGUUUGAUGCGUCAAAAGUCAAAAAGUGGCAAUCAAGAGAGAUCGGAUGCCGAACAAAUAAUGGUCGAACCAGCACCAUUCGAUAUUUAUUUAUGCGACAAUUGCGAUGCUGAACUGUAUUCGAAAGAAGCUAUUUCGGAACAUGAAAAGACUUGCAACGUGGAGGACGACGAUGACGAUGUCAUUUUAUGUGAUACACCUGAACCUAGCGAAAACACUGUGCAGUCGACAGAUUCGAAACGAAAUACAGAAGACAAUGAGCUACGUAAUGGAUUCCUACUUAAUUUUAACCUGCAAUGCCGUGACGAUAACAAAAAUGGUAAAGUUCCAAGCAAGAAUGAAGCGUUAGGUGCGUCAAAGGAAACUAAAGACGAGAAAAGCGGAUUCAUGAUUAUUGAUAAAAACAAACGUAUGCCACGACGAAAUCGUGCUGUACAUUCGUUAGCACGUUGUGCCACAAUACCGUUGUCAUCGCCUGCCGGACAACUACUAUUGCGUACUACAAAAACUGCCAUGACACCAGAAUAUUUAUCGGAGCGACUUGAACGCGUAGAGCGUUUCUGUUUUGCGCCCUUACUCUCAAAAUCCCAAACGAAACCGAAAUAUUUUGAGAAAAAGCACACAUUCACCAAUACACAUUGUACAUUUAAAAAGCCACAAGACUAUAGUUCGCAUGUCUAUGUAUUUCCACGUCGGCAAUUCUCACAACGAAGACGUACUGAAAGUUUUCUAUUCUUAAAUUCUUCACUAAUAAGACGCUGCCGUCCAAUUUCGGUGCGGCUAAAGAAAAUUACCGAUAACGAGGUGAAAACCCGACGCUCAUUACCAAAUACAAAAUUAAAUAUCAAACUAACACGUGAUGCUACACGACGUUCCAAUUGGAAAAUCUCGUCACCAUCAACCGAAAUCAUAGUGGAUACAAUAGAUUUGUGUUCAUCGGAUGAGGAAGAAUGUCGUAUUAGGAGUAGCGGCGAUUGUAUUAGUAGUAAUGAUAGUAGGAAAACACAUGUUCUACAAAGAUAUAGCGAACCUGGCCCUAGCAUUGAAAUAACACGCCAAACGCUAGCAACAUUCACCAGCAAUAAUAUCGCCACCAAAACCGCCGCAAAAAGUGCACUAACAAUUACUAGUGGCAAUGGUAAAAAGUUAAGUCUCAAAGAAAUUUCAUUAUUUCCCAUACGCAAAUCGACGCGUACCAAUGGACCGGCUAAAGGACCAGAUAAGCCCCCAAUACGCGCUACAGCAAUUGCCAGCACACGUUUAUCUUUGACACACACCUCAAAUCUAGCUGUGAAUAGUUCCUCAGCGGCAGCCACAACCCAAGCGCUAACCGCACCGGCCAUCAGCGAUGAGAGUAAAAAAUCUUCCACUAUCGACAUAAAUGCACUACUAAAUCCAAUACCUACUGCAAUAUUCGCCACCUCAACGGAUAAUAGUAUUUCAUUACCAAAACCAUUGCAACCGUCAGUUUAUAUAUUUUCAAAUUAUGCCGCUAACGCAUUGACCUCAACAGUGCCAACAACAAAUAAUGAUAUUACAACAACGAACGCUGGUAAUACAUUUAGAAACCAAAAUCAGGAAAAUCAUGCACAAAAUGGCACCACCACAGCUGCAGGGCUUGUUGUCAAACAUCAAAUAACCAAUAAUAGUGCAACACCAACACUAACACCCGACUGGUAUCCCGAAUUGAAUGCGUUAGCGACAAGCACCAAUACAAAUUUAAGCAAUACGAAACAAACACACCUGGCGGAACGCGAACGUGCGCGUAGCCUGUCUUUAGUUUCGCCAAGUCGUGUUAUAUCAAUUGAUCUGACCUCUUAAUUUUGUAUGCUAAUAAGUAACUUUUUAUUGCUAUUAUUACAAUAAUUAAUAUGAUUACUAUACAUUUAUACAAAAGCUAGUUUAAAUUUAUCUAUCGCUCACAUUAAAAUUAUUAUCAAAAGAGUGUUUUAAGACCUAAUCACACACACACACUUUGAUAGUUUGUAUAGUAUGUACGUACAUAAGGCUAUAUUGUUGAAAUGUACCUUGUACUACAUGCUUGUAUAUUAGAGUGUCCGUUAUUUUCAAAUUGAUUUUUGUGUGUUGCAAGCGCCCGCUGAUGUUUCGAAGUUCGUGAACAAACGCUUUAUUUUAAAUUUAAAUCAUUUAUUUUUCCUUGUACGGACUUAUGGUUUUUUGAUAUGUUGCAUAAUCCUUGAAACAAUUUUGUUCUAGCACAAAAUUUCCGCCCUACAAAAGAGGUAUUAAUGAUUAUUUUCAUAAAAGUACUCCGUCAAAUGCACAGCGACUCAGAAGCAGUAACAAAGCAUUCAUAUGGUACACCAUGUGGUAUGAGCAACACAGCGUUUACAUAUAAGGCACUAGUGUGAAUGCACAGCACAUUUGAAGCAUUACUUUAACUGCGUAUAACUUUUAAGAGAGGGGAUUUUCUAUUCGAAUAUGCACUUAUCAAAGUUGUAGGUUAAUUCGGUUCAGACAUAAAAACAUUUUCAAAGCAUUAAAAGUUACCAUGUGAAGUAUACGGUAAAAGUAAAACGAUUAAAACACGGUUUAAAUCGGAAAUAAAGAAGAGCUCGUUUGCCUUAAAUCCUUUCUUAGGACAAAAAUCAACACUUCAGGGUUGUUUGCAAAAACCAAAAUCAACUUCGGAAAUAAUGAACACUUUAUUGUGCUUAUAUAAAACGAAAACUAACUAAGUUUAGUAGCAAACACACAAGAAACAAAAAAAGCCAACACCAUUGUACUUUUGCUUAAAACCCAUUUAUUUAUUUUUAGUUUAUUAUUUAUUAAUCAAUAGCGUUAAAGCAUAGUAAAAAUAUUUAAAUAACUUAAAAGACUCGACAGGCUCGGAGAAGUGUAGAAACGAUUUUCUGGUUGUAAAAAAAUUAGUUCAUUUUUUUUUUUUAAUUAAAACACUAGUAAUGUAAGAAUGCGUCAGUUUUUAUGUUGUUUUUAGUGCUUUCUGGUGUUAACAAAUGUACAAAAAAUUUGCAUUGAUCUCGAUUGAUUGAAUUUAUUUUUUUUUAUGAAAUCAUUGUUAUAUGGUAGGGUCGUUAACGAAAAUUGUGCUAGAUUUUUUUUUUUUUUAAUAUAAUGUUGGAAAUAAACCAAGUUAAGCAAUAUGUAGGUAUUCAACUGCGACCUUGUCUUAUCAAUACAUUUAAAAAAAAAAAUGUUACAAUACAUUUUUGAGAAAAAAAAUGUUACAAUACAUUUUUGAGGAAAAAUAUAACAAUGCAUUUUGAGAAAAAAAUAUAUGAGACAUAUUUUCUAAAUUUUCGCUACGAACCUUCUUUCUCUUUUUUUUUUUUUGUGUUAUUUUUGCUUAUAUUUUAGUAAGCUGUUCGAAAGCUGCAUAGAACCAAAACUUCACUAAAGCAUCUAUAAUAUGUAGUGGCCUUAUCCGCUCAAUCAGUUGUUUACGCAACACAUGCAUUUCAGCCAAAUAAAAUUUAUCAAUUGAUGCACCUGGCAGUAAAGUUGCAUUUGUGGAAAACUUGAAAAUACCAAAAACAACAUGAAAUCUUAACGUUCAUAUUUUUCUAGCACACUAUUGCAUUAGUUUCGCUCUCCAUUGUAAUAAUUAAAAUUACUACUAUAAUAGCUAUUAAAAAAUUAUUUUAUACUAUUCUGGAAUUGUUGAUAGGUUUAAUGUACCUAAUGUAAAUAUGUACAUACAUAUAUAAUAAUAGUUUUUCUAAAGCAAAAAAUAAACUCAUAUGAUAGCAAUAUAAAAACAAAUUUAUCGCCAAAUAAUCGUAACUCCUUUUACAGCCAUGAAAAUUAGGGUAAAGCUCAAAUUCUAUAUGAAAUUAAUUGAAAUUCAGGCAUAAUCCUUCAAAUGACACUCAAAUUUACGUUGUACUCGCAAAUAGUCACACGCACAUUCGCGUCGGCAUGUAAUAAAGAAAUUACGAUUUUUUUAUAUGUAUAUUAUAUUUUGUCUCAAUAAUGUAUACUUUUUCCCCAAAAAAUUGUUUUUUUUAAGUUUUUUUAAUUUUUUUUUUCUUUUUCAAAGGUUUUUAUGCUUUUUUUUACCUGUAUCAAACCUUUAUUUUUAAUUUUUUCUUUUCAAAACUUUUUUUUACCUUUUUCUUUUUCAAAAUUUUUCAUUCUUGAAAAUUUUUUUAUUUUAUUUUUAAUUAUUCUUUUUUAAUUUUUUUUAUAUUAUAUCCAAUUUUUUUACUUUUUUCAAAGCUUUUUUUUAUUUUUUUCGUUUUCAAAAAACGUUUUAUUGCAUAAUUAAUGCAUUUGUUUGUAACAAUUUUAUUAAGCUAUUUUAUGCUUUUGAUUAGAUCUUUUAAUUAGUUUUUUAUCAACAACAUUUGCCGGUAUUCAAUCGGCAACUUUAGAGCCUAAAAGUAAUUUGGAAAAUAUUUAUAUUACAAAUAAAACUGAAAACAAUUUUCCAAAAAAAAAACGUGAAAUUGACUUAUAAAAUAAAUUUUUUAGUUUCUUAAAAACUCAUAAACGUUUACUCAGUGUGAAAAUUGUACGCUCGCACAUUGCGAGAAGAUGUGUGUAAAGUAGUAAUUAGUUUAUUUAAUAACUUAUUUAGAGCUUAUGCAAUUCAAUUAUAAAUUAGUUAAAAAUAUAUAAAUUUUUGGCGAUUUUGAAGUAAGCAUGCGCGACUACAAUGUGUAAAAUCGCUACUGCCCUUCUCAUUCCCUUAGAAAAUUUGUAUUCUUUAUUUUAUUGCAUCAGUACCUUGCUACACACGCGUGUAUAGUAGUUACUUAUUAUCAGACAUUUAAGUUGGGAGCUAUUUAAUUACAUUUUAAAUGAUAAUAUGUUGAUAGACUUUAUAAUACUUAUGCAUACAUAUAAUUUUUGCAGCAAGAUGGCAAUAUCUAUAAAUUAUUUUAAAUUGUUAAAACCGUUGCACUUAAUAUCUUCUGAGCACUGUUUACAUUGUCUUUGUUAUAUUUUGUCCAUAAAGGGUGUGUGAAUAGGCCUUUAUGCUUAACAUUAAAUUAUUAUUAUAGAGUUUUUAGUUUAAUAUAUAAUUUUUAUUUAUUUAUUACUAAUUGUUUCAGUAAUAAAAUUGAAGUAUAGUAAAAGAAAAUCGGUUACAAAUCCUCAAGUUCAUUUCAAACAAACCGAACAUUAAUGGCGUUUUGAAAAAAUUGAAAUGACAUUGCUGUUCGUAUGAAAUUAUAAUAUUAGAAAAUACGUUUUCAAUUACUUUUUCUUUUAAAAAUUUUUCUUUUUACUACAAAUGCUAUGUACCCAAAUGUGUAGGUAUAAAUGAUAUAUAUACAUAAGUAAAAUUUAUGAAUGUAAUGCACUACAACAUAACUUUUAAGAAAUAUACUUUAUUUUCGAAAUAGUUUAUAAUAUAGUAAACUAAUUUACAUUAUGAAAAUGAUGAAAAUAUAAUUAUCAAAAAAGCUCAUAGUGCAUAUGAGUGAAAUUUAAAUUGAUUUACGUUUUCAAAUUUUGAAUUUGAAUCGUUAAUUUGUGAAAUACUAAAUAAAUAUGUUUUUAUAGCUAUGACUAAGAAAUAUUUAGUGGUAAAAUGCCUGUAUAAAGUGGAAACUAAAUAAAGUGCGUACUGAUGAUUCUUUAAACUAA